AGCAAGCAUUGCAAUUUUGCGUUGUACGAAACACGAACAAGAAGAAGACAGAAACCUGAAUACUAAAAUAUCAUUCCCAUUCUCUCUCCUUCUUCCCAGCCAUGGCGUUCUCUGCAAGCAUUACUAUGCCGCACUCUCCUCUUCUUCGCCUUCGCUUGCCCUGCGACUCCAAUAAAAUUGUUUCACUUCAAAAUUCUCUCUCUUUUCCAUUUUCAAGAUCGAAUCUCAGCCGUAGAUUACUUCUCUCUGUUCGAUCAACAUCAUCUGCAGCUGUUCCGGCGACUGAGGGGAUUGCGCCGGCAAUUUCACUGACGGAUAGUGCAUUGAAGCACUUGAACAAGAUGAGGAAAGAGCGAGAUGAAGAUUUGUGCUUGAGAAUAGGGGUUAAACAGGGUGGAUGCUCUGGCAUGUCUUAUACUAUGGAGUUUGAGAAUAGAGCAAAUGCGAGACCUGAUGACUCUAUCAUCGAGUACAACGGUUUUGUGAUUGCUUCUCUCUUGUGUGCAAGAUGCUGGGCAGAUUUGGGCUUUUACAUGGGGGAAGUUAGAGGGAAAGAUGAAGAUGCACUAAGAUAAGUUGGAGAUUUUUCAGGGAAAGCUAGGAAGAUAUGACUUGAAUAACACAUUUUCUAAAAAUUAAAAUGGAGAUUCUUCAGGGAAAGCUAGGAAGAUAUGACUUGAAUAACACAUUUUCUAAAAAUUAAAACAUGAAACACUGGGAACGUCUCAAACAAAUAAAGAAUUGAGUUCAUUCACUUAAACUUGGAAGUGGCAUCUAAAAGCGCUGGACAUAUUUUUAACUUUUUGGGGCUUUGCAUGACAAAGACCAUUUGGAAUGUUGAUGUCGUGAGUCAUGACAUGAAUGCAUGGAUUAAGAUACUCCAUCUC